AAAUUCUUUCAUAACCCUUUUGAGUGUUUUUUUAACUAAAUUAGCAUGGCUUGAAUGAACCGCCCAGCUCCUGUAGACGUCACAUACAAGAACAUGAGAUUUCUUAUUACACACAAUCCAACCAAUGCGACCUUAAACAAAUUUAUAGAAGAACUUAAGAAGUAUGGAGUUACCACAAGAGUAAGAGUGUGUGAAGUAAUUUAUGACACUACUCUUGUGGAGAAAGAAGGCAUCCAUGUUCUCGACUGGCCUUUUGAUGAUGGUGCACCACCAUUUAACCAGAUUGUUGAUGACUGGUUAAGUCUUGUAAAAAUCAAGUUUCGUGAAGAACCUGCUUGUUGUAUUGCCAUUCAUUGUGUUGCAGGCCUUGGGAGAGCACCAGUGAUCGUUGCUCUCAUAUUAAUUGAAGGUGGAAUGAAAUAUGAAGGUGCAGUACACUUCAUAAGAUGGGGUGCUUUUAACAGCAAACAACUUUUGUAUUUGGAGAAGUAUCGUGCUCAGAUGUGGCUACACUUCAAACACUCCAAUGGGUCAUAG